AUGAGUAAGAUUGAAAUUUGGUUACGGGAGAGAAAGUCCUUCACACGACUCGUAAUCGGCUGCAGCGGAUUGAUAAGUGGUUUCGAACCGGCCGAGGAAGGAGGCGAAUCCGGAGAGAGGCCGGAGCCGGGUUAUGUAACUACAAGUUCGCAGGCACCGAAGCGAACCAAACAAAGGUAUCACUUUCUUGGCUCGAUGCGAGGUGAAAGUCAGAAUCCUGAGGAGGUACCUAGUGCAAAGCCCAGUCUGCAGUCAAGCGAUAUGUAUCGUCAAGUUGCCAGACCAAUCGAAAGUUGGAUCGAGUUCGAUCGAACGGGAAGCCAGGUAUUGGUCAGACGACAGAUGUCAGAGAGUGACGCGACAGCGACCAGAUACUUGGGACCGGCGCAACUGCAAGGCCGAGAAGACCAAAGAAGAAGGUUGAGGAGUCGACAACCGCGGGGAGGAGAGGAGAGGACAAGGAUGUUUGGAGUGUGUAGUAAAGAAGACGAAGGGAAUAACCAAGAACAGGAGAUAACAAAGAUUAUCAACCAAACCAAAAAGGCGGAAAAUGUUGGUAAGACAACAAAAGGCGGCCCAAAGCGAAGUGCAGGACAGCACAGGACGGGACGGAACACGCCUUGUCUCGUUCCUAGGCAAGGUAUAAUUGAAUGUGGUGCUUGGCGAAUAACAGGGGAGGUCUUCGUCAAUGGGUUUAGGCGUCAGACUCCAAGUCUUGCGGCACCACCAGGCUGGGACGGUGGAAGAUCGAUAACUAGCGACGCAAUGAGACGGCAGAUGGCGGUGGAGGAAAUGACGGUGACCCCGGGAGAAGGAAGGGUGUCCGAAACCAAGAGAGGACAAGGCGGGGGUUAG